AUGUUUUAGACAGACAACAUCUGACCAAUUAUCCUUGCUUACCGUACAGUCUUGAAAAAUAGCCUAUGGUUGAAAAAAAUGUUGCCAACUAACUGAAAGUUUUGAUUUGUUGUUUUUAGGUUAGGUGUAAAGUAUUAAAUGGUUUUUGGAGUAUUUUUAACACUAAGUUAAAUAUAUGAUUUUUGAAUUUAUUUUAAAUUUAUUAAAUGGAACCAAACAGGGAUUUUGCAAAUGUAGACCCUGACUAUGAAAAGUAUAAUUUAGCCCUAAAAGAAAUUGAGAAGGAAAGUGAAGAAAAUGAACUUACUUCCGAAAGACUGCAUAGUAUUAUUGCUGUGGAAUUCGAUAAAGAGUUAACAUUCCGUCAGCAGCAGUUAGAAGAAAUAGAAGAUAAAAUUUUCAAAGCCCAAAAAUUGCUACAUUUAGUACGUUACGUGCUAGUCUCGUCAUAUUAUAAUAAACGGAAUUUAGAGUAUGCUAGUACGAAUGAAAGUCCUUCAACUUCAAAUUUUGACUCACAAAGCAGAAUACAUCCAGCUGUUAAAAAGUUGUUGGGAAAUAAUAGUUUGGAAGCACUGGCAGCUCGAGGUAAACGAAAAGUACACAAUAAAAACAAUGAAAGCAAUGAGGCCUUAGAAGAACCAUCUCAGCCAGUGCAUGUGAAAAAAAUUAAAUUAAGGGAAACCGUAACCGAUAGUAUAAAAUGUAACAAUGUUGAAAGUGUUCAAAAUUCCCUAAAAAGGAAGAAAACUAAGCACAGAAUACUAGUAGGUAAUAUUUCCAAAUGGAUGCCUUCAUUAGAAAAUGACAAUACUACUCACAAGUGGAUGGUUUACGUUAGGGGAUCAAAAGAAGCACCAGAUCUGUCACAUUUGAUUGAAAAGGUCGUUUUUUAUUUACAUCCUUCGUAUAAACCGCAUGAUGUUGUUGAAGUUAGUGAAUACCCAUUUCACCUUUCUCGGAGAGGCUGGGGCGAAUUUCCGUUGAGAGUGCAAAUAUUUUUUAAGUGCACUUUAAAUAAGCCAGUUAGUAUUGUGCAUAACCUGAAAUUGGACAAAACCUAUACUGGCAGACAAACUUUAGGUAAUGAAACAGUAGUGGAUUUGUAUCUUCACGAAAACGAUAUAUCGACAAAAUCAGAAUCUAAAUUUGUAUACGAUAGCAAAGAUACAGUUCCUAAAAUCUUCAAUGAUGUUUAUUCUUUUAUUAAAGUUGAACCGCCAGAAAACCAACCUGACGAAGAGAAAUAUAUUGAAACGGACAACAAAGUUAUUAUAGAGAACACCUUGAUGGACGUCAAGGAGGAGCUACCUACAACUUCCGCGGAUUUGGAGCAUAAUUAUUGCCACGAUAAAAAAAUAAAAGUCGAAGAGGAUGUGGAUGUUAAUGUGUCGGUUUCGGAGACUUCUCUCCUGGACCACAGUUACAGCUUGCCUUAUAAGGAUUGCGACGAUCUUUCACAGAGUGAUAGGGUGAAAGAGGAAAAAUCGGACAGUUCCGGGGAACAAGGGAAUAAUUUAAUAUUCGGAUUGGACGAAACGUAUCGAGAUGAAAGGCGGAAAACAGAGGCAGAUAUUUCCAAGGAUAAAUGUGUUGUAAGGACAUUUACCACCGCCACUGGCCAACCAAUUAAAGUCUUACCCCAAAGUUUCAACAAAGUCAUUCUCAGCAACGGGAACAUUGUGCAGAUAAAAUUGUUGAAGACCCCUCCGCCGUUAGUAAAGGAAAUUGAUCCCGCCCCUGUCCUCGAAAAAUUGUCGAACACCAAAGUAGAUCGUAUCGAUUUCGAAAAGUACAAAGUGAAAUUUCCCAAACAACAGUUUAAGAACGUGGGUGAAGUGUUACCGUAUUUGUUCAAGAGGUUGCCGCUGUGGAGCGAGCAGGCCAACAACCCCAGUUUUAAAUGUGUUUACCCUUAUAUGGCUAGUUCGGAGGCUGAGUUUUCGUCCUGGAACAUAGGCAAGCAGUUGAGUUGCGAGUGGAGUCGUGCUAGGACAGUUAAAAAAAUCCUUUGCUCCGAGCGUUUUGAGGGAUCCGAAAGGUGGAGCACAAAAUCGUUUUUCAUGUAUGGCAGAUCUCACGGUUAUAGUCCUAUGAGAUCAGGGGGAGUUUUAUUUAACAAGCCCUCAAAAGAACUAGAAUUAUUAAUGACUUGUUUCUGUGAUUCGCCACAGAAACCUCUACCUCCGAAUUGCUCCAGUGACGAUGUCCACGUUGAUGUUGUUCAUGAGAACGAUUCGACAUUAGCGUCCAAAGAUGGUGACACCAUCGACAUUUCCGAUAGUUCCUUAAGACAUCAUUGCACUUUCGUGAAAGAGGCUGCCUUAGAUUGUGGUGUGGUGUUGAAACCUGAGGAGAUCGCGGAGGGCGUCACGUGGAAUGGAGCCGAACGAAUGAUUCUAGAAUCCGUUAGAUGUUUAGCAGAUCAUUUGAUAAGGCGAGGGAGGUUGCAUAUGAUUAGUCAAGAAAGGGAGAGUGAAACAAGUGAAAUAGGUGUGAAUGAAAUCAAAAUUGCUAUGAGCGAAAGGUCGGAAAUAAAGGUUAUAACGGAGUAUCAGAAGAAGAGGCUCGUAAAAGAUUUUUUCUCGUAAUAAGACUGUGAAAACCAAUCUUUGUAAUGAUAGUA